ACGGAGAGACUUGUGUGUUGUUGAGAUCAUUGGAUAAGUCAGUUUCUAUGCUUCAGAAGCAGCUCUCUACUACACAUAGCUCUCAACAGAUUCUGGAUGCCACAUCAACCAAUUCUUCAACAGAAGGAAACCAAAGGAAGAAAGUUUUCAUGGUUAUUGGUAUCAAUACUGCAUUUAGUAGUAGAAAACGUCGUAAUUCGCUUAGAGAGACUUGGAUGCCUCAGGGGGAAAAGCUUGAGAAAUUAGAAAAAGAGAAAGGAAUUGUCAUCAAAUUUAUGAUUGGACACAGUUCAACGCCAAACAGUAUAUUGGAUAAGGAAAUUGAUUCAGAAGAUGCUCAAUACAAAGAUUUCUUUAGGCUGGAUCAUGUCGAAGGAUAUUACAAUCUAUCUGCAAAAACCAAAAGCUUCUUUUCUAGUGCAGUUGCAAAGUGGGAUGCUGAGUUUUAUGUCAAGAUUGAUGAUGAUGUUCACGUCAAUCUUGGUGAUAAAGCUGUGUGGGACGCGAAUUUAAAACUCUCUUAGAUCGGAGAAAGAGACAAGAGGAGAUGAACAUUUUGUUUUGUAAAGAAUUAAAAGGUGUGGCAUGAAGAUGCAUAUAAUCAGUAGUGAUUAAGAUUCAUCUUUUCUUGUGAUGUCAAAAGUGAGAAUAUCACCUGCAUUUACAUGCGAUGCUUUGUGAAUGAAGCUUCUCUGUGAUUGACAAUCUGAGAGUAAUAUGUUUUUGUCUAUAUAUGAUUCUAAGUUCUAAGUUAGUGUUGUGCUUAUUACACUUAGCCAUACGUAAGCUACCAAAUGAGUGCUAAUCAAUAAUGUUUGUUUGAUUUCAAUGGAGUAAGUAAGUGUGACUGAUGAUGCUUUUAUGUUGUUUAUGUAUUCUUGGUGAUCUAUGUGUAAACAUGUGUUGCAGGAUUGUAAUGAACAAAAAUAAAGAGAACAUUGUGCC